AUGUCGGGUGCCGUGGGCCGAGAGCCAGUCUUCCCGACUCGUCAGUCACUUGGAUUGAUGAAGAACAAGCUUAAGGGAGCAGAGAUUGGCCACAGCUUGCUAAAAAGAAAGAGUGAAGCAUUAACAAAACGUUUCCGAGACAUUACACGACGCAUCGAUGAAGCUAAACAAAAGAUGGGACGUGUCAUGCAAAUUGCAGCCUUUUCUCUGGCCGAAGUGAGCUACGCUGUUGGUGGUGACAUCGGAUACCAGAUUCAGGAGUCCGCCAAACAGGCUCGUUUCCGUGUUCGAGCUAAGCAGGAGAACGUCUCCGGUGUUCUUCUUCCUCAUUUUGAGAGCUACACAGAGGAAGGUGUCAAUGACUUCGGCUUGACCGGUCUUGGCAAAGGUGGACAGCAAAUUCAACGCUGCCGGGAGACAUAUGCGCGGGCCGUGGAGACACUGGUGGAGUUGGCCAGUUUGCAGACUGCUUUCUUAACUUUGGAUGAGGUGAUCAAGGUUGUCAACCGACGAGUCAACGCCAUUGAGCAUGUUAUUAUCCCUCGAACUGAGAACACCAUUAAAUACAUCAACUCUGAGCUUGACGAAUUGGACCGAGAGGAAUUCUAUCGUCUUAAGAAGGUCUCCGGUAAGAAACAGCGAGACACCGCCGCCGCCGAUGCGGAGAUUAUUGCAGCUCGACAAAAGGCAGCUGAGAAGGAAGCCGAGAAGAAGGCACAGAUCGGGACAGAUUCGGUUGAUGAAUCAGUUGCUGAAUCAGCUGCUGAACCAGAUGCUGAACCGGCCCCUGAGCCUGAAGUUGCAGACGUUUUGGGCGAGCAGGAAGACAACGACGUUAUUUUCUAG